GGGGGACUCGUCAACGCAAACAUUGCCGCGUCAUUAAAAUUCACAAACAAAAUGUUGCACUACCAAAGCGACGCCGUGCACUGAUAUCCAGAGGGACCCGCGCCGGCGGUGACAUGACGAGCUUGCGGCGGGGCUUUGUGAAGAGUUACAAUCGCACAGCUGGUUUGUCUGGUGUUUUGGUUCAAAGGUUCAUGGGCGGAAGAAUGAGGAAGUAGCUGGUCGUUAGGCUGGAGCAGAGGCAGCGCAGCAUACAGUAGCAUGCACAGUGGAGUCCCCAGAGAAACUGUGCCGACUUCUUUUUGCUCAAAUGAAACGAUCUGGCGCUGCAACACAUGUUAUUCUAGCAGCUGAAGCUACUUGGCAGCGCGGAGGCUCAGGCUGCAUACCACUGCCUGCAGCUGGUCACAUGCUGUGUGUCAUAACGGCAGCACACCAGCCACCACAUGGCUAUGAAUUCCUCUGAGCAUGGAGAAGUUUCAGAUGAAGCAAUGCUUGAGAAAGAACACAAGCAUGUCCAGGAUGUUAAGGAGGAGGUGGAGGACUUCGCUAUUUGUGAGCCUCCUGAAGGAAGAGGAUCUCCUGGGGCCACUGAAGCUGGUAAACGGUCCUCUGCAGAGAUGGGCCCUCACACAAACCAGUCCACCAGCAGCAAGAGAGUCAGAGUCUCUGGUGAGAUGAGACGGCACUUGAUGGAUGAGAGCAGCAGACAUGAGCCUCUUUGCCUCACCACAACUGGAGAGAAGAGGGAUUGCGGCCAGCAGAAAUCCAGAGUCUCCUACAGAAAGCCUCUCUUCAGCAUCUCCCACAGGAUCUCGGAGAAGAGGAACACGCCAAAUCUGGAGCAGCAGGCAAGUCACGGUGCCGGGAAUCAGCUCAACUAUAGCAGCAUCCUCUCAUCCAAGCUCCAGAGCUCGGAGGAAAAUGGCACGUUGGAGACAUUUCCUGCCGCGGACACUUUAGGCCAGGCUUCGUCAGCGGACUCUAGCCUUUAUCCGCUGAUCGAGAAAAUGUUCCUCAUUCUCAAUACCCUCAAUUCAAGCAUGACACAACUGCAUAGCAAAGUGGACUUGUUAACCCUUGAGGUCAUGCGAAUAAAGAAGCAGAUCAAACCAGCCGACAUGGUGACGGAGUUCCAGCCUCCUCCCGAAUAUCUGCUAACAAGCGACGAAUUGAAUCAGCUGAUGGAGCAGACGUCCAGUGCCGGGGAGCUCGGGUGUCGGCUGCUGGUGCACCUCUUCCCGGAGCUGUUCAAGGCCAGGGAGUGCUCUCAUGAGUGCAUGGCAAGCAAGAGAACGCUGGAGUCUCUGCAUCUGCAGCUGAUCCGUAACUAUGUUGAGGUGUGCUACCCUUCGGUCAAGAACAACAGCGUGUGGCAGGAAGAAUGCCUCCUUCAGAUUAAUGACUUGUUUAAUCGCUUCUGGGCUCAGAGGGACAUGGAGAGUGCUCGGCUGCUCAGGAAGCAGACAAUCACAGGUGCUGGGAUAAAGGCUGAGCAUCCUCAAACCUAUCGCUUCAUUAACGAGCAGGGCCAGGAGGAGCAUAUCUCUUUAGAUAACCAGCAGAGCAGCCUGGCUGUGUCAGAUCUCGCUUUCAAUACGCAAGCCACAGAGGAGCUGGACGAGUUCUCGUCCCCUGAGGACUUUGUUAUUUUUCUUAUGCACCGUCUCUUCCCUGAGGUUUUCGAAGAGGGGAAAAUGCCAGAAGGCUCCAGCAGCUUCAGUAGUGUUGGGCAGCUAAUUCUGGACUCUGACAAGAUGGAAGUCAUAAGAAAGUACAUGGAGGCUAAUUUUCCUGAUGUGCCUGAGGACAGCUGGCUUCAGGUGUGCAUUCAGCACAUGGAGGAUGCACUGGAGGGGCCUCACAGUAAUGGCAAUGGGAGUGAACCUGACAAUAUCAACGAUGAGGGCUACGACCUGGCCAGCCUUCCUGAAGACGUUUCUAUUAUUAAGGUUCCAGAGGGGGGUGAUUAUGAGAAGCCCAGUCGCAAGUCCAAGAAGUCACUGCUGACGCCUGUGGAUUUUGACAAUCUGGAGAUCCCUCUUCCUGACGUUGCUGUUCCCCAUGAGUACCUCUUGUCGAGGGAGCAGCUAAAGAAUAACUAUGAAUGUAGCUUGUCCAUUGGGAACUUUGCAUCUCGGCUGCUGGUGCUCAUGUUCCCUGAGCUCUUCACCCACGAGAACACACGGAAGCAGUACAACUGCAGCGGUUCUCUGGGUAAAAAACAACUUGACCCUGUCCGUGUAAAUCUGAUCCGUCAUUAUGUGCAGUUAGUCUACCCUCGGGCCAAGAACGACAGAGUGUGGAUGUUGGAAUUUGUGGGCAAACUUGACGAGAGGUGCAGGAGACGCGACACGGAGCAGAGAAGAUCCUACCUGCAGCAGCGCAAAGUGUACGGUCAAGAGCCGGAGCAGGACUUUCUUUGCCAGCUGAACCAGCUGAAUCCAGAUAGCAUGAGGGAUGAUCCAGAUAUUCCCUCUCUACCCCCAGAGAAAAGUAGCAAAGACUUUUGUAAAAUCCCUCUGGACGAACUGACUGUUUCCAAACCUGACUUCCCUGUACCUCCUGUCUACCUGCUCUCAGACGUCGAGGUACGGGAAAUCGUCCAGCAGAGUCUCUCUGUCGGGAACUUUGCUGCCCGCCUGUUGGUGCGCCUCUUCCCUGAGCUCUUCACCCAGGAGAACUUGCGGCUGCAGUACAACCAUUCAGGGGCCUGUAACAAGAAGCAGCUUGACCCGGUCCGCCUCAGACUGAUUCGUCAUUAUGUGGAAGCAGUGUAUCCUGUGGAUAAGAUGGAGGAGGUGUGGCACUAUGAAUGUGUGCCAAGCAUCGACGAACGCUGCCGGCGCCCCAAUCGCAAGAAAUGUGACAUUCUUAAGAAGGCCAAGAGGUCAAGCACUGUGUCCUAGUUACAGUACUUUUCAGUUAGGCAACUUUUUUGUCAUAAAAAUAAUUGCACAUUAUAUAAGCUGAAACCGCAUUGUUGAACUUUUACAAACUGUCCUACGUAGGAUGAAGCCAAGCUGUUAAAAAGUUUCUUCAGUACUAUUCUUAGUCAUAUUUUACCUUUUGACUACAGCAGUAGAUGUUGUAGUUUAUGUAGUCUUAUUAUUGUUGGAUAAAGAGUUAAAACUGCUUCUAUUUAUAAGCCAAAACUGUCAUAGCUUAUCUAACAUACUUUGUUGAUAAAUGUUGUAGCCUUAAAAACAAUAACAAUGAUAGUAGCUAAUAGCAUAGAUCACACAUAUGCUCUACGGAUAGAAAUGAAUCACAGUGAUGUGAUAUAUUUCCAUUGCAGUUACAGAUGUAGCAUUGUGCCACCACUGUUUUAAUAACAAUGUGCUUAUGUUAAGCCUUCUUAUAGAAGUUUAUAUUAUAAAGACAAUUUAACAUGACAAUGGAUCAUGAUAACCUAUUUCUAAUAAAAUCACAAUACAUAUA